AUGCUUCAGUUGGAGCAAAAAUGGAGAAGCCAACUACCUACACAGAGUGGCGGCUCAAAGAGAACAAAGGUUAGUGCAACUGGAGCAUACUCAUCCUCAUCAAACCCAGAAACACCGUUGGCUGACGAACCCGGUAUGGACUCUCCCGUUCGCCCACAAGGAUCAAAGAAGAGCAAGCGAAAAGGUAAGGAAAAAGCACAAAUGUCUGAAGAUUUUAGCAAAAAAAAAUCAUCGGUGGUUAAAAAGUUAUCUCUCAUGGAAGAUUUUAAGAAUGUUAGAGAAAAUGAACUAAUGGAUAGGAAAAAAGAAAGAGAAGAGGAGAGGGAACAUAGAGCAAAGAUUAUGGCAAUCAAAGAGAAGGAGUUACAAAUUCAAGCGGCAAUGAAAAAACAAGAAUUACAAACUCAGAGGUAUAUUAAAGAAAUGGAGAUAAAUGCAAAAGAAAGGGAAAUGGAAAGGAUGGCCAAGAAAAGGGAAAGAGAAAUGGAAAGGAUGGCCAAGGAAAGGGAAAGGGAAAGGAAAAUGGAUAUGCAAAUACUUAAUGCUGACACGUCUACAAUGAGUAAAAAACGACGAGCUCUUCAUGAGAUUGCAUGUGAGAAAAUAAUCGUCAAGUGGUUUACUUAA